UAGAUUUCGGACUCCAAUCCUUUCCACCAGCGAAACCCUAGCCAAAAUCUCGCCGACGCCAGCACCCUCCCCCUCCCCAAAUCCCCCCAAAAAAGGCCCCUAACCCCCAAAACCUAACCGAUGGGCUCCAUCGUCGAUCCAGUCCUCGAUCCCUCCCUCAACCGCACCUUCAUCCGCACCAUCCUCUCCUCCGCCGACGGCCUCAUCGGCCAAAAGAUCACCGUCGGCGGCUGGUCCAAGACCGGCCGCGAGCAGGGCAAGGGAUCCUUCGCUUUCCUCGAACUCAACGACGGGUCUUGCCUCUCGAACCUUCAGGUCAUCGUCGAUUCGAGCGUCGCUGAGCUCUCGAAGCUGACGCCGACGGGGACCUGCGUGCUCGUCGAGGGAGAGAUGAAGAAGCCGCCGGAGGGGACGAAGCAGAACGUGGAGAUGAGGGUCGAGAGGGUGAUCGAGGUGGGGCCCACUGAUCCCGGGAAGUACCCGCUGCCGAAGACGAGGCUCACGCUGGAGUUCCUUCGGGAUUUCGUGCACCUUCGUGCCCGAACGAACACGAUAUCUGCAGUUGCACGUAUUAGAGACGAGCUAGCCUAUGGAACCCAUACGUUUUUCAGAGAAAAUGGAUUUAGAUAUGUUCAUACUCCAAUAGUCACCACUAGUGAUUGUGAAGGCGCCGGCGAGAUGUUCCAGGUGACUACACUUUUUAGCGAUGCAGACAAAUUGGAGAUAGAGUUACAGAAAAAUCCUCCACCUUCAGAAUCUGACGUCGAAGCUGCUAAAAAGGCUGUCGAGGAGAAAGGAAACACAGUUAAAGAUCUAAAGUCAUCAAAAGCAAGCAAGGCAGAAAUUAUGGCUUCUGUUGCUGAGCUUACAAAGGCCAAGGAAACCUUAUCAAAGCUGGAAGAGAGAUUCAAUUUGAAGGGUGGAAUCCCUCAGAAGGAUGGGAAGACUGAUUUCUCUCAGGAUUUCUUUGGGCGUCAAGCUUUUCUCACUGUAUCUGGUCAACUUCAGGUUGAGACCUAUGCAUGUGCCUUAGGCAAUGUCUACACAUUUGGGCCUACAUUCAGAGCCGAACAUUCUCACACAUCACGACACUUAGCAGAAUUUUGGAUGGUAGAGCCUGAGAUUGCGUUUGCCAACUUGGAGGAUGAUAUGAACUAUGCAGAGAAUUACGUACGCUUUCUCUGUAAGUGGUUACUUGAUCAUUGUCUUGAAGACAUGGAAUUCAUGGUAAAGAAUUUCGAUAAAACAGCCAUUGACCGUCUAAAGCUUGUCUCCUCAAGUCCAUUUGAGCGAAUUUCCUAUACGAAAGCUGUUGAGCUUCUACAGAAGGUCACAGACAAGAAGUUUGAGAACAAUGUUGAGUGGGGCAUAGAUUUAGCAUCUGAGCAUGAAAGGUAUUUGACUGAGGUGAUUUUCAAGAAGCCUGUAAUCGUGUACAACUACCCAAAAGGAAUAAAAGCAUUUUAUAUGAGGCUCAAUGAUGAUAACAAGACAGUAGCAGCAAUGGAUGUUCUUGUACCUAAGGUCGGCGAGCUGAUUGGAGGCAGCCAGAGAGAGGAGCGGUUAGAUGUUCUUGUAGCAAGGAUAAAAGAAGCAGGGUUGCCUCUUGAGCCAUAUGAAUGGUAUCUUGAUCUUCGGCGAUUUGGAACAGUCAAGCACAGUGGUUUUGGUUUAGGGUUCGAGCGAAUGGUUCUGUUUGCUACGGGUCUCGAUAACAUCAGAGAUGUUAUUCCUUUCCCCAGAUAUCCAGGAAGAGCUGAUCUCUGAAAGUUGUUGAUGACGCCGAUUCGAUUUCUUCAGCAAUGAUUUUAGCCCCUGUAAUCGUUGAGUCGGGGUGUUAGUUUUGGUAAAGAUGCGCCACAAAAUUAUAGUACCCUCCUCAAGUGUAGACCGAGAGGAAAUGCUUAUCUAUGACUUAAUUUUGACAGUGUGCAAAGAAUAUUACAACUUGUGCUUUAUUAUGUUUUGUGUUACCAAGUUCUACCAUAUGUUUUUAUUUCUUUUGUGGUUAUUUAUCAUUUAACAUCUUGUGCAAUAUUUGAUGGAGAUUAAAGGUUUGUUAUUU